AUGGAAGGGAAACCCUUAUGUUCAGUACUGUUUCGUUUGCAAAGAGUGGUCGAUCCAAAGCCACAAAAGAACGUUCUGCGCCUUACUAUGGACAAUCCACCAAGCAGUUUGGCUGUGAGACGUGUCGAGUGCUCAAGGUAGGUCCUUGCAGGCCAAGGCAGUACCAACAAUAUCUAGACAAAGGGAAGAAAGUGGGCUGAUUUACUUUGCAAGACAGGUCAAAUGUUGCUGUGGCAAGUCGUCUGGUUCUGGCUCUAGUUCUGGCUGUACUCGCUGUCUGAGCCUCAAGAUUCCUUGCGAGUACGAUGGGGUUAAGUAUCCUCGGCCGCAACUCUCCAGAAGGCGGACAAGAGCAUAAGUUUAAGCCGACGCGAAUCGUUGUCCGCGCCUCUGAAGAAAAAAGACAACUCCAACUAUGAUGUUGUUGUAGACGAGGAACCAUCCCUCACGGACGUUUAUCCACCACCCCGCGAUACAUCGCCGGGGGACUUUCCUGCGACCGAGGAUUCGAGUGAUGGACAGAAAACCGUGGUUGGAAGUAACUCCACGCUGUUUUUUGAGGAUGGCGGUGCGACCUUAGAGGCUAUGGAUGAUACUACCACAUUUGGCGAUUUUGAAGAUUCGCUAGACUGGGCACUGACAAGCGAUGAUUAUACUUCUUCAUCAGAUCCAAAACAAUCCCUUUUCGCCUUUGACUCCAGCCCAAACCACAAAGGUACUAGCGCCAACACGAUCCAAUAUUCGAAUCCAGUUCUUUCUACAAGUAUCUUCCAACCGUCGAACUUGAGCCAGAACCUCUAGGGAACUUCGUCCUCCUUCUCCCUAGCCUCCCCCUCCUCACCAUGUCCAUGCUCUUGCUCUUGUUCCGCCCCAUCUCUCCAGCUCGCUAUUCAGUUACGCUAUCGGUCCAGCAUGUGCUCGCCAGAGUCCCCAAGGGGAAACGCCAUAUCGCUAGAGCAAAGCUUGUCACGGAUCCUCACUGCUCACGCCAGCGCAGCACAGUUAGGCAAUGUUAUGACGGCAUGUGCAUCUCGAUGCCUGACCCAAGCCUCCAACGCGGUGCAAUGGGUCAUGUUGAGUGAACAGCUUGUUGAUAUUUACGCUGCACUUGUCGGGCAGCUAUCGGAUGUGCGUACUGCUGUAAGUGAUGGCACGCCAGAUGCAGAAAUAGCUGCGACGAUGCCGCUGAGGGUCAGCGAGUAUAUGAUAGAAAGUGCGGUGGAGAAAGAAGCGAUUCUUUCGCAGCUUGUGAAUCAAAGAAUGAACACUCUGGGCUUAUUUGCAGUGACGCACCGAGAGCAGUUGGGAAGUGCGUCUGGAGUAGGGGAAUGUCGUGGAAGGUUGAAUGCUGCAGUUCAGAAGUUAGCGAUGUCAAGAGAUAGAUCUAACCGAAUAUAGGAGCACGGGAGGAAAUCUUUGUUGAAACUUGA